CAUAUUCGAAGAUAAGGAUUCCACUCACCCUAUCAACUCCCACAAAAGUAUAUCCACAAAUAAGGAGAGUGCAAAAUCCAAGCCACCAAGCAAAGUAGCAAACAUGCCACCAAUUACAAUAAUGUUGCUAGUGCUAUUGUUUCUUGCAACAAUCUCUUUUCUUUUCUUUCUACCCUCCAAAUCCUCAAAGAAUGCAAGAAAAACACCAUUAAUUUCUCCUCCUGGUCCCAAAAGGCUACCCUUCAUAGGUAAUCUCCAUCAACUUAAUCCCUUAAACACUCAUAAAUAUUUCUUUCAACUAUCUAAAAUUUAUGGUCCCAUCAUAUACUUGAAACUAGGCUUCAUUCCAACAAUUGUAGUUUCUUCUCCAAAAUUAGCCAAAGAGGUUUUAAAAACCCAAGAUCAUGUGUUUUGUAGUAGGCCAUCUUUUGUUAGCCAACAAAAAUUGUCUUACAAAGGCUUAGAUUUGGCUUUGGCACCCUACAAUGAGUAUUGGAAAGAGAUGAGGAAAAUUUGUGUCAUCCAUCUCUUUAGCUCCAAAAGAGUGCAAUCAUUUUCUUCGAUUCGAGAAGAAGAAGUUUGUCGAAUGAUGCGCACCAUAUCUUCCCUCUCCUCGGAGUCUAGUAAGCUCGUCGACUUGAGUCAGUUGCUAAUGUCUCUUUCAAACUCUAUUAUAUGUAGGAUUGGUUUUGGAGAAAGCUACAAUAAUGAUGAUGAUGGAACAUCAAAGAAUAGUAUGGCUUGUAGAUUUCAAGGUCUUCUACAUGAGACUCAAGCUAUGUUGGUGGCCUUCUUUUUUUCGGAUUAUUUGCCUUUCAUGGGGUGGGUUGAUAAGAUAAAUGGAGCUUCAAGUAAACUUGAGAAAAUUUUUUGGGAAUUGGAUAAGUUUUAUGAAGAACUUAUCAAUAAACAUGUUGGAUCACAUAAACUUAAAUCAAAGCAACAACAGGAUAUCAUUGAUGUUUUACUUCAGCUUCGCGAGGAACGCAAGUUACCAUUUGAUCUUACCUUGGAUCAUAUCAAAGCAGUGUUAAUGAACAUAUUCGUAGCAGGAACAGAUACAACUGCAGCCACAGUAAUAUGGGCGAUGACAGAACUAAUAAAGAACCCAAAUGCUAUGAAGAAAGUGCAAGAAGAGGUUCGGAGCAUGGUUAAAAAUAGCACUUUUAUUCAAGAACAACAAUUGCAUCAUCUCAAAUAUCUUAAAGCAGUUGUUAAAGAAACAUUUAGACUACACCCAGUUAGUCCACUCUUGCUUCCUCGGCAAACUAUGCAAAAAUGCACAUUAGGAGGGUACCAAAUUAAACGUGGAACUUUAGUCUAUAUUAAUGCAUGGGCUAUUGGAAGAGACCCCGAAAGUUGGGAAAACCCGGAAAAAUUUUUUCCGGAGAGAUUUCUAGGCAGUACUAUUGAUUUUAAAGGACAAGAUUUCGAACUUAUACCAUUUGGAGCAGGGCGAAGAGGUUGCCCUGGUUUGCAGCUAGGAGCUGCUACAGUUGAACUAGCACUUGCUAAUUUGGUGUGUUGUUUUGACUGGGAAUUGCCUGCUUAUAUGAACAAGGAAGAUAUUGACAUGGAUGUCUUGCCUGGUGUUACUGCCCAUAAGAAGAUUCCCCUUUGCCUUAGUGCUAAAAAAUUUUGUUUGGCCUCAAGCCCUAACAUUCAACAAGUAUGAUGUUAUUUUAGAAUCAAUAGGAUUACCAUAAAUUUACACAAAUUACACUGUGUGCAUUGAUUAUAGAAAAAGACUAAAUGAUGUUAUCUUUA